UAUAUGUAUAAAUAAUAGCAAAAUAUAAUAAAAUUUUAUUUCUAUAUGUUUAUGUGCAAAUCUCUCUCUCCCUCAAAACUGGUGCGAACUUCUGCAAAUCUCUUCCGCCAUUUCUGAACCCGUGUCUUUCUCAUUCUAUAAAUAUACAAUGGAUGAUGAUAACAAUGGCGGCGCAAGAGCAAUUUCCUCUAGCUCUUUGCAUUCGGAGCCUCAGCGAGAAGAUAGAGAAGAGGCCUCUGAUAAUGGCGACCAGAGAGUUUAUUUAGUUCCGUUCAGAUGGUGGAAAGAGGCCCAGGACUCGUCUUCUCCAGACGUAAAGAAGGGAAUCCCGUAUGCUGCAUGCCCUUCUUCUCAAUAUGGGGGUCCAAUGAAGAUAUUCAACAAUAUAUUCAGCUCAGAUAUCGCGUUCAACCUAAGGAAAGAGGAUGCAUUGUCAUGCAAUGCGGAAAGUGAUGAAUCAGGAGAGUCAUGUAGGGAUUACGCAAUGGUCCCUGGCGACAUGUGGCUUGAGACGCUCAAAUGGCACAGUAACUCCAAAAGUUCAUCAAAGGAAAGAAAAGGAUUUACAGCUGCAGAAGAUGAUAUGUCAGAUGUGUAUCCACUUCAACUUAGGCUUUCUGUUCUCUGGGAAACUAAUGUAGUGGCAGUCAAAGUGAGCAAAAAGGAAAAUUCAGUUGAAUGCUUCAGAAGAGCCUGCAAGAUUUUUAAUAUGGAUGAACCUACAACGCUGCUUUUCUUGACUGACAAAAAUAAAAACUUUAAAGAAUCUCAGAAGCAAACAGAACAGGAUCUGCUUCUUGAGUUGCAAGUUUACGGGUUGUCAGAUUCUUUUAGAAAUAGAGGGGCCAAAAAAGAUGAUGCUGGAACAUAUACUUAUGGUACUUCAUAUUUGAUGAAUGGUAGCACUACCAACAGUAGUUCUAGUUCUGCUCGAAGCAGUUCUUCUAAGCUUCUUGGAAAUUCAUUUGAAACUGGUACACUGGGCCUAACUGGAUUACAAAAUCUUGGAAAUACUUGCUUCAUGAAUAGUGCUUUACAGUGUUUAGCACACACGCCAAAGCUUGUUGACUACUUUCUUGGAGAUUACAAAAGAGAAAUAAAUUCAGAGAAUCCUUUAGGCAUGAAGGGUGAAAUUGCUUCAUCUUUUGGAGAUCUUAUGAAGAAAUUAUGGGCCCCUGGAGCAACUCCUCUGGCUCCAAGAACAUUUAAAUUGAAGCUUGCUCAUUUUGCUCCCCAAUUCAGUGGUUUUAAUCAGCAUGAUUCUCAAGAGCUGUUGGCAUUUCUCUUAGAUGGUCUCCAUGAGGAUCUGAAUCGUGUGAAAUGCAAACCUUAUGUCGAAGCUAAGGAUUCCGAUGGCCGCCCAGAUGAAGAAGUAGCUGACGAAUAUUGGAAGAAUCAUCUAGCUCGUAAUGACUCUAUAAUUGUUGAUAUCUGUCAAAAAGAGCUGAAAGCUCUUAUAAGUGUACUUGAGAGAAGCCAGUUCAUUCUAUCUUUUCUCGAUUAUCUUAAAAUGCCUGUCUACUUAGCAACUUAUCUUCAUCAGGGUCAGUACAGGUCCACGUUAGCAUGUCCGAUUUGUAGAAAGGUGUCUGUUACUUUUGACCCAUUCAUGUAUCUCUCUUUACCUCUGCCGUCAUCAUCUAUGCGGACAAUGACAUUGACUGUGAUAAAAGCUGAUGGCAGUAGUAAGCCAUCCCCGUUCACUGUUACUGUGCCCAAGAAUGGGAAGUUUGAUGAUUUGAUCCAGGCUUUGAGCACAGCCUGUUCACUAGGGGUUGAUGAAACCUUUUUAGUGGCUGAGAUAUACAACAACCGCAUCAUACGGUUUCUUGAAGAGCCCACCGAUUCAUUAUCUUUAAUUAGAGACAACGAUCAACUAAUUGCUUACAGGUUAGCGAAGGAUGACAAGGAAGCUCCUCUCUUCGUGUUUAUGCAUCAGCUGGCUGAAGAAAAAUUCAUUGCUGGGAAAUUAACACCCAGUUGGAGAGCAUUUGGAGUUCCUCUUGUCUCACGCCAAAGUUUCACAGAUGGCUCUGGUAUUCGUUCAACAUAUGCAAAGCUGAUUGCUCCAUUCCGGGUGACUUAUCAAGACUCUGGCGAAAAUAUUGACAGCCUUGACAUAAGUGACACCAGCAAUUUUAGAUUAAGUGGAUCCCCUGAUACAUCUGAUAAAAAAGAGACUGAUGCGGAUUCUAGUAACGAUUUUCAGUUUCACUUUUCGAAUGAAAAAGGAUCAGAGACUGGCUCUGAGAUUGGAAUGGGAGAGCUGGAAAAGCCUGUAUUCAUGCCUGAAAGACUGUAUGUACUCGUAUCUUGGUCAGACAAGAUGGUGAAGCUUCACAAUGUCGAGCCUCUUAACUUGCUUCCGGAAGUUUUUAAGUCUGGAUUUUUCACAAAAAGGCCACAAGAGUCCAUCUCGCUGUAUAAAUGUCUUGAAGCAUUCCUUAAGGAGGAGCCUCUGGGCCCAGAUGAUAUGUGGUACUGUCCUGUAUGCAAAAAGCAUUGUCAAGCCGGCAAAAAAUUAGAUCUCUGGAGAUUGCCAGAAGUUCUGGUGAUACAUUUGAAACGAUUCUCAUACAGCCGAUUCCUGAAGAAUAAGUUGGAAACUUACGUUGAUUUCCCCAUUCAUGAUCUCGAUCUGUCUGGUUAUAUUACCCAGAAGGGUGAACAAUCUCAUCACCGUUACAUCCUUUAUGCUAUCAGUAACCACUAUGGAAGUAUGGGAGGUGGUCACUACACAGCAUUUGUGCAUCAUGGCGGUGACAAAUGGUAUGACUUUGACGACAGCCACGUGUCACCAAUCAGUGUGGACAAGAUCAAAACUUCAGCUGCUUAUGUUUUAUUCUAUAGAAGAGUUGAGAAAGCCGGACCAAACCCACUUUAGGGAGUGCAAUCGAGAACCUGAGAUCCUGAUCGACUUGUGUGACAGGUUUGUUCUGGAUUGUGUUCCUUGCUUUACUUUCUUGUUUUUUAGCGGAUUAUGGUCUUCUAAUUCGAGAGGGUGGUUGGCCGAGCCUAUUUAAAGAGAUCUUACAAGCUGUACAUCAUGUAAAAUGGUUUUUACUACACAUAACUAUACCAUAUUUCUGAUCAUACAAGUUAUGGAAGAGUUUGAAUAAAAAAAAGAUGAUAG